UAUAGAGGUUUUUGAUCGAGAUACAAGACGUCUUUAAAUAUCGCAAUAUGUCGGACUAUUUGGAAAUAUUUUUAGAAUACGUGUAGUUGUUAUUAAAUAAAGGAUAUAUUAUUGUAAUAUAAAUGUAAUGGAAUAUACUUGACAAGAAUUAUAAAGUGAUCAAUAAAGAGAGUUGAAUUGAAGAUAUGUAUUGUUGGCCGUUCGUCUUGUGUGUUUACUGUAAAAAUAUACGUGACAGGCACCGCACGAAGUGGUGCUUCUGUCCGAGUGCGCAUUGGACUAAAUAACAUUUCACGAAUCGCCAGGGGUAUCCUGCGCGUCGUGAUAUUUGUAAAUAUUUGUUAUUGAAUUGAAAGGCAAGAUGGAUCAAAGAGUGCAAUGUCCCGUUUGUACUCUGUAUCUGCACAGUGGGAUGUCUUUGGAGUCUCACUUGGAUACACAUCCUAAAGAUCAAGUGAUUAAAGCCCUUUGCAGUUUGUCUGCAAAAAAUGUUGGUAGCAGAACACCAACACCUUCGACUUCAGAACGUUCGUUCAGAAGUAGAACACCUGCUACCGAUGACAGUGUCAGAUGGUCGUCAUCUCGCCGUAGUGCAGAAAGUGGUUACUGGAGGAGAACACCUAGUAGAAAUAAAUCAUCCUCAUCAUCCAAUAUUUCACGGAAUGUUACACCUGAUAUAAGAAUUGGCGGGAUAAAUUUUGACAAUAAUGGUGUCAGCAGUUGUGGAGAAUUUUCUGAAUGUGCAGUGAAAUCAACCAAGUCAGCUCCAGUAUAUUCCAACAAUAUGGAACCACCUCAACCCGAUUUUAACCCACAGUUUCCAUUCUAUCCUGAUAGUCAAGAUGAUCCGGAGAUAAAAUAUUCACGGAGUUCAGAUUAUAACAUAGUAGACAAUAGUAACCCACUUUUUGCAUAUAACCUCCCUGUUAUGGGGCCUACUAUGAAAAUACCACCAACUAUGUUAACACCUCAUACGAAAAGAGCGAAUAAUAUUGUUAAAUUGCUCCCAAAGCAAAAUAACAUGUUAGUAAAAAAUUUAGGAGGGCUUCGAUACAUAACUCCGAAUGUUAAACCAUAUCCUGUAAUGAUGUCUGCUGCUCCAUCUUUUAUGCAAAAGAAUGUUCAAACCAAUAUGAUGAUGUCUGGCAAUAUACCUGUUCCUGACAUGUUAGAUCCAAAAGCUGGAGGAUCAUUGUCUAAUCAACUCAAUCAAAUGUCGGCUGACAGUCUUUCCUCUGGUACAACUGUGGUCACACAAAAUUCUCAAAUAAUUUAUAGGGAGAUGGUGCACAAUAUGGAUGGCAAACCAUACAUCACAAACAUGCCUCAUAUGUUGAGCACACAGGAAAAUAUGGCACAGAGUAGUUCAAUGUAUCAGAAUGUGAUGGUUGUAGAUCAAUUUGGUAAUACUUCAUGUAUGUAUAACACUCCACCACCCCUAAUACCUAAGCCUUGUAAUCCACCCAUUUUCAGUAAUAAUUUGGCCCAUUUACCAAAUGCAAUAGAUAAAUCCAUACCUAAUAUAGUAAAUGAUGUGAAUAAAACUUUGAUUAUUGAAGUAAGCCCAAUGUUGUCAACAAAUGAAGUAGAAAUUCCCAAAACUAGUGCAGAUACAUUGUCCCUACCUUCAGAGAGUAAUUCCCAGAAAGCUGUAGAAAUAGAAACAUCCGACUUGAAAACAUCAACUCCAGGGUCUUGUAAGGGAUUAAAAAUUCUAAGCAACAUUAAAGUUGAAGUACCUGUACAGCAUCAUAAAAACAUGAUCAAUACAGUCAUGGAUUUAACAGGACCUGGAGAUUCUGGGUACAUCCAGCGUCCAUCUUCACCAGAAAAGAUUUUACCAGAUUUAGAUGAAAAGCAUUCUAACAUAACAGACGACUGCAAUCAGCCAUCAAAUUCGAGCGGGGAAAAUGUAGUCCCACAUAGUUUUUCCGUGAUAAAGAAUGUUGGCAAUCCUCAAACAUCUAAAGAUUUUUCAGUGAAACAAAACGCUGUAAAAAUUGACAUAGAAUUUUCAGACAGUUGUCCUGUGCCUGAUCUUAUAUGUAAUGAAAAACCUUCUAUUUCACCUUGUAGUGAAUUAUUAGACCAUGGAGAAAAUUCCAUGGAUCGUUGCUCACCAAUAACUAAAAGUGAACCAUCACCUAAAUCAGAGCACUGUUCUAAAGAUGAACCAGAAACUGAUUAUAAUGUACCUGCGAAAAGAAAAGCCUCAAUUAAUAUUGAUUCAUUUUCACCUAAAACAGAAUCAAUAUCAAAGCAAGAACAUACUAUGAAAAAUGGUAUUCAAUCACCUAAACCCCAACCUUCUGCAGUGCCCAGUGAAUUGGUGUUUUUAAAAUUUUUACCGUGUGGAGCAUUAAUUUUUUUUUUAGUUUUACCCUGUGUAUUACAGAUGUAUCCAGAGGUGACACCAGCUGAACCCUAUGAUUUAAUAGCGCGGGAAAGUUGGGUUUCUGAUGGUUCGGACAUCGACACAUCAGAGAAAAGGGAUAAUUUGGAGGAAGACGCGUUAUUCACAAAGACACGGCUGCACACCUGCUCGCAGUGUGGCUUGAAGUUCCCCACUCUUAAGGAGUUACGUUCGCACUGCAAUGCCUCAUACUCACACAGUCGGGUUGUUACCUCCAGAGCGAUUAAAAAGGAAGAAAAACCUGAUGAAGGCGUACUGGCAGGAAAUCUUCUGUACGACUCGAAGGAAUCGGUCGCGACGACGAUGCUGCAAGCAUACGACACGCUCGCAGAGUCGAAGCCGGAGCUGCGAGCUCUUAUAAAACGCGAGAAGAAGAAGAAAAGGAACUUUGUGUGUCCCACGUGCAAGGUGGACCAAGGGAACGAUGUAGACUUCAACAAUCAUCUCAAAAUACAUCCGUUGGAGUGUCACACGUGCGGCAAAUGUUUCUUCAGACGGGCCAACCUGGCGCUGCAUAUAAAGACACAUCUGGGGAUAAAGAAUUAUAAGUGCGAGAUAUGCCAGAAGCGUUUCAUAACCCGGCAGAAGCUGAACGAGCACCGCAACGUGCACACGGGCCACGCGCCCGUCAAGUGCACCGUCUGCGACGACACCUUCCGGCGGUACUCCAACAUGGUGCAGCACAGGGACCGGCACCACCUGAACAAGAAGGCGAAGGUGCGCGACUACAUCUGCCAGUGCGGCGCCGUGUUCCACUCGCGCGCCAAGCUGCACUGGCACCGCGAGACGCACGACGAGCGGCCCAAGGCGUGCGCGUACUGCAGCGACAAGUUCGUGCACGCGGCGUCGCUCACGCGCCACGUGCGCCGCACACACAACGAGUACUACCUGUCCGACAAGCUCAAGGGCAAGGUGGACAACGUCACGUGCCCCGUAUGCAAGCAGGUGUACCUGCGCACAAACCUGCGCGCGCACCUGCUGACGCACAGCGGCAAGCGGCCCUACCACUGCAUCAUAUGCAACAAGGCCUUCACCACCAAGUGGAACCUCAAGCUGCACCGCUGGACGCACAUGAGCCGCUCGGCGAAGCCCUACAAGUGCAACCUGUGCAAGGGCGCCUUCGUCAGGCACACCGAGUACGUAGCGCACAUGAACGCGCACAAGUCCGUCCGCCCGUACACCUGCAACUACUGCGGCUGCCAGUUCAUAAGGAAGUACAAUUGCCAGCGGCACGUGCGCGAGCACGAAAUGGCCAAGAAGUACGUGUGCAAAGUGCCCGAGUGCGGCAAGUCGUUCCACCGGAGCUACUACCUGUCCGAGCACAUGAAGGUGCACAGCGGCGUGCGCCCGUUCGCCUGCAACAUUUGCGGGAAGACGUCUAGCAAUAAGUCGAACCAUAACAAACACGUGAAGAUACAUCACGCGCGGGAGCCGAUCGCCACCGAGGCCUAGUGUUGCCAGCGCGCUCCGUAUCUCCGGAUCGCCCAACGUACAUAUCUCGACUGCUAAGCGGCAACACCGGCGGGUCGCUCUGUAAAUAGUUAGUUAAAUUUUAAAUUUCUAUCUUGUAAAUACAGGACCAAGUGUGUAAAUGUUUUUUGUUUAUGUUCGAUUGCACGGCAGGACUUCACAUACAGUACCUCAGUAAUGUUAUUUUUUUAAUUAUGGUAACAACGUGUAAAUAGACAAUACAAACCAAUAAAACUACAGGAGUUGUUUACGUGCCAUCUCUCGAUCACUUUAUUCUGUCGUGCGCGGUUGUGCAAGGGUGCCUUGGCUUGCCACGCAUAUGACGAUAAUUGCAUUUGUAAUCAAUAAAAAAAUACCAUCUAGUGUAACUCAGAUAGUAGUUUUACAAAGUCAAUACAAUACAAUAAUUUCUAUGAAAAGUAACAAUUUGAAACAAUUUAUCUCUCUUUAUACACAUAAGUUAUAGAAAUUAAUUACAUACAUUUUGUAAUUGUGACACUUAAAAAUGUAGUAUUAAAAUUCAGAUAUCGUCAUAUUACAGCAGUCAAGAGCAACCCUUGCGCUGCCGUUAAAUUGUAUAAUAAGUAUUUAGGGAAAUUACUAAUGGGCAUUUCGGUAAAGGUACCCCGCUUAUAUUAUUUAAUUCGUUAGCUUUAAUUAAACUAAUUUUUGGCGGUAAGAUAUAUAUAUAUAUUUUUUUUUGUUAUAACAAUGUGUGCAAUCAUUGUGCACCUUGCACAUUGUUGGAUUUACAUUUCUAAUUCAAUGACAGCAGUGUGCAUUGUUAUUGUGUUAAAAUUCAGCAUUUAUAUGCUCUGAGAAAGAGAGAUAUAUUAGAUUCAAAAAAUUUCCCAUUUAUAAAGCAUUUCAAUGCUAUAAAACUAAAAAUUAAAAAAAAAAUCCCAAGAGUCAUACAGUUAUAAGCAACCGAAGGGUCUUUUUAAGUUUGAUCGUUUUUUUGGGAUCGUCAUAGUAGUUAAAGAAAUGAUAUGAAUGCAAAAUUUAAUUGCUUAAUGCUCAAUUUGAUUUGGAUUAAUUUUCAAAAAAAAAAAACCGCUUCCUUUCCAUGUGUAAAAAGCGGUUAAACACAAUAACAAUGCAUUGAGUGUGAAUAAUGACCUCUGAAAAUGACAGCAAUUAAUAGAACCUAAAUAUUUGACAUACAUAUUGGAAUAUUUGAUCUGUGAUAUGAUUUUUAUUUUGACAUUGAUUGCAAUUUCAAAUUAUUUAUGUUUCGUUCGGAAGUUUAAUAGAUAGGAUGUCUAUUUGAAGCACCAAUUACUUUUAUGGAAAAAAGUAAAUUUAUAUGAUUUUUCUAUUAAUGAACUUGUCUUUUUUUACAUUUUCUAUGCCUGCGUAACAUAUUUAUUACUAUAUGUACUAUAAACUGAUUGAUUUAAAAACACAUAUUUUGUCUGUACUAGACAUGUUUUGUUUGCUAAAAGUCAAAUGUUGUAAUAUGAUAAUUUAUUUUACAUACAAUGUUUCUGAGAAUAAUUUUCGGUUUGAAGUUAAUUAUAUAAGUUCAUUGACCUUCAUUCACAUAAUGGGUAGUCAUUUAUUAAAAUUAAUUAGUUUUUUCACAAUGUUCGAGCUAAGGACUAAAUAGAGUAUUCGGAAUAAAUUACCAAAUGAGUUUUCGUUAUGUUUUAAUUUUUCAGUAGUUAGAAAGGUGCAAGAAUCUAGAAUACAUAAGAAUUAAGAAGUAAUAUGUCUUAUGUAUUAACAUAUUAUCACCUAGUGCCUAUUUUGUUAGGUAUAACCUUCGAUAUUAUAAUUAAUAGAAUCCAAAUGUGGUUUCCUCUUACAUUGUGAAAUGAUUUUAAUAAAAAAAUGAUAAUUUUAAUUUCAAUAUAUUCAGUACUCUAAUCUGUUGUACACGGUAACUAUUUCAACUUGUAUAAUUUAUAAUUUUGUAUAUUUAUAAAAUUAUUUUUUAAACUUGUAUAAUUUAUACAGUUAUAAACCUCACAACUUUUAAAUAUGUGUUAAUAAUAACGACGUGUUAAAUAGGCUAUCUGGGAAUUUAUCAGCUAGGUUUAAACUCGCUCAAAAUCUUUCGAAAGUCUAAAAAUAAAACCGUCUGUCAUUUUACAGAGUGAAUAAAUUCUUGUAUUAUCUAGAUUUAAUUUUAUUUAUGUACUUUUUUUAUUAGAAUAUUUAGAAUAAUUUUUACUUAUCUUACAUUUGCAAUGGAUUAUAAUAUUUUCUUGUCUUUUUUUGUUUCACAUAUUUUUCAAAUUAAAGUACCUGUAUGAUUUUUAAUACGUAAUUACAAAUUAUUAUACUUUGGCGCGUUCUUUCAACGUCAGAUAGUUCUAGGAAAUAUUUGAAUUUUCUAGAAUGAGGGGGAACUUUUUUCUAUAGGGAUGAAAUACUAAGGUAUUUUGAAAUUUUGUCUGAACGUUGAAAAAACAGUCAUAUACUUUGGUCGUUAUGUACAAAUGCAAGUCUUCCUCGGGUUGACGUCAUUAAGUAAUAUAAAAAAUGAAUAUAAGUAUUUUUAGAAAAUUUCUUAGCGACCUAUUUCGACUUCUUCCGAUGGUCACAUAAUUUAAAUCGAUCGAUUCUAAUUUUUUAUACUAAAAGAACAUUAUGGUUGUCUCUUUCAGUGACUUGUCUUUUUUUUUUCAUUUGAUUGGUAUUUGGUUGGGUCUGGCAGUAGUGGAGAUCCGUAGUAGCGAAAUUAAAGCUAGAUUUAUGCUAGAACUGACCUUAACGUCACUGCCAAUUAUUAAAUAAAAAAAAUAAAUAAUUCAUUUCAUAUCACAUAAUGGCAUUAUGCUCCUUAUAAGUAAAAUGAAACAGUUACAAAGAUUGUAAUGAACGUAAAAGUUUUUGUUUAUAUGUUGUUUGUGACGGAAAAUGUUUAUUUUACAUGAUGAUAACUAUUGUUACGUUUAAUUAAAUAGACACUAUAAAAUCAAUAUAAAAAAGCAUUGCCACUGGAUUAAAUCAAAACUAAACUCAAACAUAUUCUUAAUAUUUAUUAUCAUACUUGUUUUAAUAUAUAACUGAAAAGACUGUGUUUGUGACGCCAAUUAGUUCGAAAAGUAUACUGUGAUUAUUAAAAAAAAAAUCAUCAACUUUAUUUUGUUUUAAAUAACACGCGUGCAAUCUACAAGUUGUUAAUAUUGUUACUAAUUCAAAUAUCGAACAUGGAUCAGAGACAUGAAAGCAGAAUUUUAGUGGAAAAAAAAAAUUGUUGGGUCUCUAGUCCAUGGUGGAUGUUCGAAUACGAAAGUAAUAUGUACAAAUUGUUGUGUGUUUUGUGAAGGAAUCACACCAGCUGUGUUCAUUUAAGGAUUGUAUUUAAAUUAUUUGCGUAUAAUUUAAUGCAUAUAAAACAAUGAUCUCGUAUUUCAAAACAACAAGUUUCACGUUUUGAUUUUGUUUUUUUUUUUGUAAAUUAGCUGUAUUUUGGUCUGACAAGCAUUCGAUGUGGAUGAAGAAAAACGCGGGAAAGUUCAAUUUUCAUAGGUUAUAUAGUGCACAACAUCUAAGCGUGUUUGAAGCAAUAAGUUAUAUAAACACUAUAAAAUGAAAGUCUAUCGUCCUUAAUAUCGAUCGAAUGACAUCGUAUGCGACAUCGAUUGUUUGUUGGCCUUUUCUACUCGGUUAAUAGAAGAAAUUGGUUAUUUAUUUUACAUUAAGGUAAUUUGUAAAUAUUCUUUUAGGAUAUAUUUUGUAAUGUGGGUCGUACACCAAAAUACAGUUCAUGCGGGGUCACUGAACUGGACUGUUAGUGUCAGCAAUAAAUUUAAAGUAAGACAUUAUAAA